AUGAAUUCGGAAUCGUUGGAGAAUCUCCACCGUCCAUUAAUCGAAUCGUCGAAAUCGUUCGUCGAUUACCGUCUCGAGACAGUGUUAACGGAUCGAGAGCUGCCGUAUCUCCGGCGGAUUUACUUGGCGGUGAUGAUAGAGAUGAAGUUUCUCUUCCACUUGGCUGCUCCGGCGAUCUUCGUCUACGUUAUUAACAACGGAAUGUCGAUUCUCACUCGUAUCUUCGCCGGUCACGUCGGUAGCUUCGAACUCGCCGCCGCUUCACUCGGUAACAGUGGAUUCAACAUGUUCACCUAUGGACUUCUGCUUGGUAUGGGAAGUGCGGUGGAGACGUUAUGUGGACAAGCACACGGAGCUCACCGUUACGAAAUGCUCGGAGUUUACCUCCAAAGAUCAACGGUGGUUCUAAUCAUAACCUGUCUUCCGAUGUCACUUCUCUUCAUUUUCUCGAAUCCGAUCUUAAACUCACUCGGUGAGCCAGAACAAGUAGCAUCACUGGCUUCGGUAUUCGUCUACGGUAUGAUCCCAGUCAUAUUCGCAUACGCAGUAAAUUUCCCGAUCCAAAAAUUCCUCCAAUCACAAAGCAUUGUCACUCCUAGUGCUUACAUCUCCGCCGCAACACUAGUUAUCCACUUUGGCCUUUCAUGGAUCGCUGUGUAUCGACUAGGGUUUGGUCUUUUGGCUCUGUCUUUGAUUCAUAGCUUGUCGUGGUGGAUCAUUGUUGUGGCUCAGAUUGUUUAUAUUAAAAUGAGUCCGAGAUGUCGUCGGACUUGGGAUGGUUUUAGUUGGAAAGCUUUUGAAGGUCUUUGGGAUUUUUUCCGAUUAUCGGCGGCUUCCGCCGUGAUGCUCUGUCUUGAGUCGUGGUAUACUCAGAUUCUGGUUUUACUCGCCGGACUUCUCAAGAACCCUGAGCUUGCUUUGGAUUCACUUGCAAUCUGCAUGUCAAUUUCUGCAGUAUCGUUUAUGGUAUCCGUUGGAUUCAACGCAGCUGCAAGUGUGAGAGUAAGCAAUGAAUUAGGAGCCGGGAACCCGAGGGCUGCUGCAUUUUCCACGGCAGUCACAACGGGAGUAUCGUUUUUACUAGCGGUUUUCGAAGCCAUUGUGCUUUUAUCGUGGCGACAUGUCAUCAGUUACGCGUUUACUGAUAGUCCUGCAGUGGCCGAGGCCGUUGCGGAUUUAUCUCCCUAUUUAGCCGUCACUAUUAUCCUCAACGGAAUUCAGCCUGUUUUGUCCGGUGUGGCGGUUGGAUGUGGAUGGCAAGCAUUUGUGGCGUACGUUAACAUUGGAUGUUACUAUGUUGUGGGGAUUCCAGUUGGUUUCGUCCUUGGUUUCACUUAUGAUAUGGGAGCUAAGGGAAUAUGGACAGGGAUGAUUGGUGGUACAUUGAUGCAAACAAUAAUCUUAGUGAUUGUCACAAUCCGAACUGAUUGGGAUAAAGAGGUGGAAAAAGCUUCGAGCCGAUUGGACCAGUGGGAAGAGAGUCGUGAGCCACUUCUGAAGCAAUAA